AUUCUCGUUCAGUCUUGGUUGGUGCGUUCGUCGUGUGUGAAGAAUUUUCUGCUCGGUGUGUUUUUCCGUAACGUAGAGAAUAAAUAAUAAUAGAAAAGUCUAAAUAAAAAGAAAUCAAGUUUUUUGUAUUAAAUCAAAGUGGCUCGCUAAGCCACAUUUGCCCAGUGCCAUUCUUUGGUUCGUUGUACAAACUGCGACAACAGUAAAAAGUUGAUAUUUGAGGCUGUUACAACAACAACGACGACGGCGACGAAGACGACGUCAUCAUCACCACCAACAUCAACAUAGUCAUUUACAAUAACAACAAACAAGCAACCAGCAGCCAAAGCAGAGGUAAUUGUUAAUGUAAACGUUGUGUGUUACAAACAAACGAAAAGAAAAACAAAUAAAACAAAAACAACAAGAAAGAAUCCUUGUGUAUAUUUCAUGAAAACAUAUGUAUGUGUGUCAAUGUAUGUGCUUUAAUUACAAACAAUUUCAAUAACAACAACGACAAAAACAAAACAACAAAAUAAUUCUUAAAAAAAUAUCACAUAGUUCUUGUUGUGUGUUACUCUUUAAAAUUGCGCUCUCUUGCUCUGUCACUGCAGUAAUAAACAACGAACGAACAACAACAACAAACACCGAAAAAAUUUAAAUCAUCACCGAGCUGCUGUGGUCGGGGUUUGUUUGUUAUUUCCUGUGUUUGCGCCAUGAAUGUCAUCAUUAAGUCAUCCAUCGAUGGAUAAACGGAUUAAAAACGAGGAAUUUAAUUGAAUCGAUCGCCGGAGUAUAUCGCAAAGCAAAGCCCGGCAUAAUAACACACCGGGUCUAGGUAUUGGCAUAGCAACGAAUCUAUCCAACCAUCCGCAAUAUUUAUUGUGACACAGAGCGUCGACGAACGAGACAGUAUUCAAGGAUAUAAGCGAGAAACACGUGUACGAUACGUCUGACUUUUUGGAAUAAUAGCAGCGAUAGCAGCAGCGUUAACGUUAGCGGCGACAGCUUACACAGCAAUCCAGCCCAGCAGUUCUUAUGACAGUUCAAUGAUUUUCAUUGCCAUCGUCGGAGCGGAACACCUAUGAGGAUGACAAAGAGGAGGUGUUGAGUUUUUUUUUUUUUUUUUUGAAAGGAAGAACAAAAAACGAAAGCGAACGCCGUCAAGCAAAACGAAAACGUUUAUUGAUAUUUGAUGCCAUUUGGAUGUGGCCAUUUGCCAAGAAGAAGGAAUCUUUCAGCAAUGACAUCAUCAGCAUCCAAGAUAACGAAUCACAGCGCCUUGUUCUGCAAUAAUCAAGUGACAAAUACCAUCAGAUAAUUCUCUCCACGACGAUACCUUGAGAGAAACAAAUAGAGGCGCUAUAGUUGGCAUUGGUGGUGGUAUCUCGAGUGUUUGUGGUCGGCUUGUGCGGUGGGUCAUAGGUCACGUUGUUGUGUGCCGGUGUGUUGUGGUGUGGUGUGUUGGGCCAACGUGCGACUGACUGCGAAAAGAACGCAAAGAAGAAAACAAAACGAGGCAGGCCACCUAUCAAGGUUUUUUUCGAAUGUCUGCUGUGUCACCUAUCUCAGUGUUAAUUAUAUUAAAGUUGAGGAGCGAGAUUUUUUCCAAAACUGUUCUGCGACCAAAACUAGCAAUCCAAAGAUCAUCACUUAUUGUCACAAGGGAAACAAGGAAUUGAAAUCCCCCCGCUCGUCCCAACAUCUUCGUUGACAUCACAAGCUCAGAAACCACAAAUCAGAUUUUUCCUUCUACGACUCCAAUUGUUCUUUAAAAUUUGUAUGACUAUUCCAUCUCUCGAUCUGUGCAAUUGAUACCAAAUAUAUAUUUCUGAAAUUAAACGCAAAACCAACAAUCAGCUCUAGAUCAAAUCACAAAACGCUUUGCGAUUAUUCGAUUGAAACGAAUUAAAAAAGAAGCAACCAAAAAAAAUCCCUCCACUGGAAGAAGAAAGUAAAAUUACGCAUCCUCUUUUUUCUACGAUAAUUCUAAGGGAAAAAUACGGAACAGCAAACGAAAGAACAUCCCAAAAAACAAAACAAAAAAACUUGACUGAUAGUUUAAUUAAUUAUUAAAAAAAAACAAAAACUUCUUUUUUUGUAUAACAACGCCUUGACCAAAGGCAAAACACGAAACAAAGAAAAAAACUCCCGGAAAACUACGUAGAACAGGAACUUUUUGAGCUGGAACAACCAUUUGCAAACGUCAAGCCUUUUUGAAACCAGUGAUCUCUUUUUUAUAUUCUGCCACCCCCGUCCCAUUGUCCCCAUUUGCGACACACCUUUGAGCAAUGCUUGAAACAACAAUAGCAACAGCAACAACAAAAUAACUACAAACUUUAGCUAUUUGGCCAAAUUUAGUAACAACGGUUCUUUCCUCUCCCACUUGUCCUCCAAACUAUCCUUUAAGCUUUUUUCUAAAAACAAAAACGAAAAACAACAAAAAAUAGCUAAGGAAAAUCAACAAGCAUUUAUAAUCUAUUUAAAAUACAACAACAACAACAAGUGACAAAAAACGAAAACAACAACUUUUUCUUACUUUCCAAAAUAAAAGCAAAAAAAGUUAAACAAAUUUUUAUUAAACCACAACAACAACAACAACAACAACAGAGAAACAAACGAAAACUCAAUAAUCAUAACCAACAACCACAACAAAACCUACAACAAAAAUGGGGAACAAAUGCUGUAGCAAACGCCAGGACCAGGAACUUGCUCUCGCCUAUCCAACGGGUUAUAAAAAAUCCGACUACACCUUCGGCCAGACACACAUCAAUAAUACGGGUCAGAAACACAACAACGGUGGUUCGUUGGAUUCCCGCUAUACUCCAGAUCCAAAUCGUGGUCCCUUGAAAAUUGGUGCUAAGGGUGGUGUGGACAUAAUACGACCGCGUACAACACCGACCGGCGUUCCAGGUGCUGUGGUAGCUGGUGGCGUUCCCAAACGACGUGUCGUUGUGGCUUUAUAUGAUUACAAAUCGCGUGAUGAGUCUGAUUUGAGUUUCAUGAAGGGAGAUCGCAUGGAGGUAAUUGACGACACAGAAUCCGACUGGUGGCGUGUGGUGAAUUUGAGUACACGGCAAGAGGGUUUGAUACCGCUGAAUUUUGUGGCCGAGGAGCGCAGCGUAAACAGUGAAGACUGGUUUUUCGAAAAUGUUCUGCGCAAGGAGGCAGACAAACUGCUGCUGGCCGAGGAGAAUCCACGUGGCACAUUCUUGGUGCGACCCUCAGAACACAAUCCAAAUGGUUUUUCAUUAUCCGUAAAAGACUGGGAAGAUGGUCGAGGUUAUCAUGUUAAGCAUUAUCGCAUAAAGCCUUUAGAUAACGGUGGCUAUUACAUAGCAACCAAUCAGACUUUCCCCUCCCUACAAGCUCUAGUUAUGGCCUAUAGCAAAAACGCCUUGGGUCUCUGCCAUAUACUGUCACGACCCUGUCCCAAACCUCAGCCACAAAUGUGGGAUUUGGGUCCAGAGUUACGUGAUAAAUACGAAAUACCCCGUUCCGAGAUACAAUUGAUACGUAAAUUGGGACGGGGCAACUUUGGUGAAGUCUACUAUGGUAAAUGGCGUAACAGUAUUGAUGUGGCGGUUAAGACACUGCGUGAAGGUACCAUGUCUACACAGGCCUUCCUCCAAGAGGCUGCCAUUAUGAAAAAGUUCCGCCAUAAUCGUUUGGUUGCACUUUAUGCGGUUUGCUCACAGGAAGAACCCAUCUACAUUGUACAAGAAUACAUGUCCAAAGGCAGUCUCUUAGACUACCUGCGCGAGGGUGAUGGUCGCUAUUUGCAUUUCGAAGAUCUCAUUUAUAUAGCAACACAAGUAGCCUCAGGUAUGGAAUAUUUAGAAUCGAAACUAUUAAUACAUCGUGAUUUGGCGGCACGCAAUGUUCUCAUCGGUGAGAAUAAUGUUGCGAAAAUAUGUGAUUUCGGCUUAGCGCGUGUCAUAGCCGACGAUGAAUACUGCCCGAAACAGGGAUCACGUUUCCCCGUCAAGUGGACGGCACCCGAGGCCAUCAUAUAUGGUAAAUUUUCAAUAAAAUCUGAUGUCUGGUCAUAUGGUAUACUGCUAAUGGAAUUGUUUACAUACGGACAAGUGCCAUAUCCCGGUAUGCAUAGUCGUGAAGUUAUCGAAAAUAUUGAGAGGGGCUUCCGUAUGCCCAAGCCAACGAAUCAUUACUUCCCCGAUAAUAUCUAUCAUUUGCUGUUACAAUGUUGGGAUGCGGUGCCGGAGAAGAGGCCAACAUUUGAGUUUUUGAAUCAUUACUUCGAAUCGUAUUCGGUGACGUCUGAGGUGCCCUAUAGAGAGGUGCAAGAUUAGGAUAAGUUCAUAAAUAUACAAUAUUUAGGUAUAUUACUAUAAGUUUAUAUAAGUCUACCUACAAACAGCAAAAAACACAUACAUACAUAUAAAUCUAAAAAAAACAACAACAAACAAAUUUUCUUUUUUAUUAUUUCAAUAGAAAUGUAUUUUCAUUACUUUAUUCCUUAAAUAUUUUUAGGUUAUAAUUUUCUAUUUGCUCAUCUAGUGUUUUUGAUUUUUUCUUUUAUCUGCUAAAGAGAAAGUUUGCAUAGUUUAAUUCUAGAAAUUUCUAUUUAGUUGUAAUUUUUCGUAUCCUAUGAAAAUACCUCUUUUUUUCUAUAUGUGUGGUCCGUUUUCUUGAUACAAGCUAUACCAAACCUUAAGUUGUAACGCCAUUAUUCAAGCUAAAGAACAUUCUGAGUUAACUUUACGUUUCCCUUCAAUAAACAAAGAAUGCAAAAGCAAAACAAUAACAAAAACAUACAAUACAAUAACAAUAUAUAAAAAUAUUUACAAAUAUAACAAAAUUAUAAAUAUGGAAAUGAUAACAAAUAAAAAAAAAAAAAACAAAAA